AUGGAAAAGCACGGAAUAAAGAACUCUCGGACUGAGGCAUUCGUCACACUGGACAUAAUAUUACCGAACAGAAAAGGCGUACACAACCUAAAAGCCAAGGUGGACACAGGUGCAGAGGGAAAUACACUCCCCUUACGUAUAUUCCAGCAGAUGUCUCCUAAGUGGGUAGACCGGAAUGGACAACCACUCCCCGGCACAACACAAACAGAAACGACAGUAAUGACCGCUUACAACGGAUCCAAUAUUCCACAACACGGAUCCGUACAGAUUCAAUGUGCCUACAAGGGUGAAUGGGGAUACAUCAAAUUUUAUGUUGUGACCUCCAAGUGUCCUACCAUAUUAGGAUUACCCUCCCUUAAGGACUUAGAGCUGGUUACUCUGCACUGUGCCAUCCAGAAAACAAAGUGUGUCCCAGCCAAUUCUGCAACGUGUGCUCCAGUUACUUCUUCAAACUGCACCACAAUCGAUUUCGCUAAAGAUCUGAUAGAAGCAUACCCGGAAAAAUUAGAUCGGAUUGGUCACUUCACAGAGGAGUACCACAUCGUACUUCGACCAAACACCCAUCCGAUAGUACAUGCCCCAAGGAAAUGCCCCAUCCACAUGAGAGACGAAAUCAAGGCGGAACUAGACGAAAUGAUGCCCCAGGGAAUAAUCCGCAAGGUCGAUGAUCUCACAGAUUGGGUUAGCAGUAUUGUAUAUGUCCACAAGAAUAAUGGCAAACUCCGAUUGUGUCUAGAUCCUGAAGACCUAAAUAAAGACAUCAUGCGUUGCUAUCACAAAAGCCCAGCUACGGAGGAGCUCACGCAUAAACUGUCAAGAGCUAAAUUCUUCUUCAAACUGGGUGCAAAAAAAUGGAUACUGGUCUGUCAAGUUUGA